CGGUUCGCUAUGGCGGACGGAGCUGACGAUUUGGUGGAGACGGGAGCUCUGUUCAUGGAAGUUUCACCAGACGAAGAUCCGGCCGAGGGAAGAGAGAGGAAAGCAAAAGUAAAACAAAGCCACCCAGAGGAAGACAAGGCCAUUGAGCUUGGCAUCAAGUCGGAGCAUCGUGGUCGACCUCUAGGCAGCUACAAGUCCAACCCUAAACAUGACAGAAAGCCCAGAAUUGUGCGUGACAAGGGUGUCCUGAAGAGAUGUCAGAAUUGGCCCUGUACUGUGAAGGAGGUGGCAGAAAUAGGGCUUGUGUUUGCCUGCAACAUGUGUGAUCGCCAGUACACCUCGCCUGGAGGCUUCCGAUAUCACGUCAAGACAGUCCACAAAAUUGAGGAACUAGACAAUAUUCAGGUGCGUGGACCCAGGCGGCCAAAAGUCAACACCACACAAAUGUUCAACAAAGCCAGAAGGGGGAAGAAAGUCCCCAGUAACAGCCAGGUCCUGGGUCAGCAGGUAGAUCUUGCAGAAGAGAAUGAACAGGAUGAGCCUGAGGAUCUGACCAUGGCAUAAACCCCACCACAGCCACACCAGACGUGUUAGUUAAGGAAGAUUAUAGAUUAGUUUUUCUACCAGGACAGAUGGAAACUAUCACUACACAAUUGUCAAGCACUAUAUUUAUGAGAAUCGGACAUUCAGCAUGUAAUCUAGCUUGCAUUGUUCAGCAAAUGUGUAUGUAUUCAGGAUGGGUUAAACAGGUUUUUGUAUGGAGUCAGUUUAAGGAAAUCAGAAUGUGCAUGUAUAAAGCUUCAAGAUUUUCACUAUGAAAAGAGGUGAGGGUAUUUCAGGCUGUCUAGAAGUCUAGAGUAAAACAAGGCUUUUAAAUGUGUUACCAUGUUUGUGUGAAAACAUGUGUAGCAGAAGUAUUCUCUUAAAACCGCUUUCAGUGUUUAGAAAACCCAUUUAGUAAUAUCUAAAUCAGUGAAAACAUGACUUACAGGGUACCAUUUUGCCCUAAAAUCAUGGAAAGCAUUGAACUUCUCUAUGCUGUAUCUUGUCUGCUGUCCAAAAUCUGUACAACAUCUACGUUGUAUUUUACUCUAUGACUCGACCAAUAUUACACGACGUAAUACAAUAAGAAAAUCAUGUUAAAGAUUUGAAUCAAAAGCAUUUCUAAUAAGAACUAAUCUUGCAUUGGUAAAUCAUAUGUACUUCAAGGCAAUCAAAUUAAUUUUACUACUUUGGUCUGUAGACAUAUAUUCCAAGGUUAAAAACACUCAAAGAAUAAAGAAAGAUUUUAUAGUAUUUACUAUAUUAUAAUACACAUAUAUAUGGGUACGGCAAUGCCUUGGAAGCUUGUCUAAAUUGGAUGCAAUGAACACAUUUUUUAGAAGAGUAGGAUAAGUUAAUAUGAAGCUUUGUAUAUUGCUUCUCCAUACUGUGAAUAUCUCUAGUAGGCAAUAAUAAGGUGCUGUUCAGUGUUAUUCAGUAAGUUAGUUAAGAAUGUUAAAAAAAAGAUAAUCCUAGAUAUAUUUUAAUGAUGCACAUGACUCGUUAUUUUAGUAGUUUCUGCAUUACAUUUUAGAUAAUCAGCUGUACUAACUUAUUUAUUUACUGUAUAACCUCAUGAUAAAGUAUAUUCUUACUGUUUCAUUGUUACAUUUUGACAUUAUGUAGUCUUUGUAUGUUUUAUAUAAUCAUGUGAAAAACACAGUGUGCGAAUCCUCAACUUUUGUUUACAGCUGUGGUGUAACAGUGGACAAAGCUGUCUCAAGUUCUCAAAGCAUCUUAAGGUGUUUUAUUUCUGUAAUCUGUGAUAUAGAUUGAAGUUUUAUGUACUGUGAGACUGAAGACUUACAUGUGAUACACAUGACAGCACUGUCCCUGCUUUGUUGUUAAGUUGUCACACUAUGAGUUUUUUGUUUAAAUACAUCAUUGCAGUGUAUGCAGAGGCCCCUCUGGUGCUCAAAAGGAAAGUUUGAAUGAUAUGAGAUUUGCUAAAGACUGCCAGUUAUAAGUCACAUAGUCUAUUCCAGUAUUUUAGAAAAUCAUGUUUUUAUUUGCAGUUUUACAACUUUUUAAUGUCAUUAUUGUGUAACUUUAGAUUUGUGGCAUGUACUAAAGGGUGUAUAGAAAGCAUGGAGGGUGGAUUAUACAGAAAGGUUAACACUUUAGUGGUUAACAAGUAGAGAUAGUAAAUUGAUAUCAUGAACAUGUCAUGUCUACAGGCACAGCAUACUGUUCGAUGUUUGACUGCUAUAAUUUCAAUAUUUUAGUCAUGUGUCUGGUCAAGCAAAAUCUUGCCCAGUUGAGGCAUAAGAUUGGGAAUGAUGCAGCCAUUGUAGCUCAAGGAUAGUUGCCUUGUAAUAUGUGCACUAGUCUCCGUUUUUGUGGGGCGGUCAACUUUGUCAUUUUGCUUAACUUGGAAGGGCUGCAUGUGCUCCAAAACAUGUCUGUUACAAUAAGGUUCAGACAGUAAUUUUUGUAUGUCAGCAGUUUUCCUGUGCAUGUAUGUUCUUCUGCUACUCUUUGUAUUACAAUGUUUGCAAUCAGGACACAACUUCAAAGUAUAAUUAUUUUGAAAAGCUUGUUCAACAUUUGUGAGCUGUUGAUUGAUGCAUGAGAAAAACUAUGACCUUACAAUUGGUGCUUUCACUUCAUCACUGUACCAUAUCAACUAUUUUACAUUUGUGGUAUGUAAGAUUUAGCAUUAGAAGGUUGGCUGAUGUAAGACAAAAAGGGAAAGGCUGUAGGUAGAAAGUGAAUUGUCACUUUUUAAGAAGUUUGUGUAACUACUGUUCCAAUAUUCUCGACACAUACAACAAAUGAUUCUCUAUCCAUUGAAA